AUGUUUCCGAAACCCUAUGAACAAGCUCGAGUUCGUAGUGAAGGAACUGUUGAUGAUACAUCGGACGUGAAACUUACGGGUGACGAUAAUGAACAAGCUCGAGUUCGUAGUGAAGGAGCUGUUGAUGAUACAUCGGAUGUGAAAUUUACGGCUGAUGGUUAUGGGUGUGAAGAUGAUAGUGUACAGUUUGUUGAGAAAAAGUGUCAACGUAAAACAACAGCGGACAUGUUCGAUUCUGAAACGAAUGUCGGAAAGUCUGUAUGUGAUAACGCAGCAGUUCGUUUGAACGAAUUUAUUGGACCUUCUCAUGUUUUUGUUGACAAAAACCCACUUAUUUCAACAACAACUAUAUCAACAUUUGGUUUAUCCACAUGCUAUUUCUAUUUGAUGUGUGUUGCUGUUAAGAAACAGUUCUCGGAUACAUGUGCCAAUGUUAUGGACAAUUUAAAUGAUCUUUAUUUUUUCGUGGGUGGUGGAGCCGUACUGACAUCGGAUAUUGUGCGAAGUGCAUGUUCAUUACUACUCAAUGCUGAUCAGCAAACUUGUACUGUAUUAAAACGAGAAUUUGGUAGCAGAAGUAUCAAUACGUUAUUUGACAAAUUAUUUAAUCGGGUCACUAUUCUGAAGGCCACUUCAUUUAUGUUAUCAAAUGAAGAGGAGUCUGUAGCUAGUGAUAUGGCUAUCAGUGAACAAACGAAAGUGGUCGACCCACCAUCAUAUACAAUUUUUUAUAAUUGUUUGUAUGAUGCUGGAUAUAUAACUAUCGAUUUCGGACGCGAAAAGCUAUUUAAUAUAGCAUCUAUGAUGUUUUCGUUAAGAUCACCAUCAAACAAUAACUUUGCUUGGAUUAUUGAUUAUGAAGGAAUUAAAAACAUAAAAGACAGCAUUGGUAAUCGACCAGAAGAACUGGCAAAACUGGAAAAAGCGCUAUGUUUACUAGAAAAUAGUUCUUUAUUCGAUCCAUGA